AUGUUCAAAAUCAUGCGAAAUAAAUCCAAGAGUAGAGUUAGCACAUACUAUUCUUUGCUCCUACUAUGGGUGAUUGGUUCGCUUUUUUGGUACCACUACUACUACUACUACAACAACCACAACAACUACCAGUCGAUAGGUUCAAGCAAGAGCCCGCAUUCAAUCUACGAUAUUCAUGACACAGAGUUCCAGCUCGCGCGGCAAUCUCAAGCGGUGGAUCCGUUUAUAGAAAGCGACUUUAAGAACAACCUGGUGUACAUUCGCUUUCGAGAGCUUUACAAUGCCUCGAAAGAAGUCGAUAAGCACUCAUCGGUUUAUGACAACAUUUUCAAGAACCACGCCGUCGAGUCCGUGUUGGCAAGUCUCGAUUUCUCGCAACGGUGCGAUUUAUAUUUCAGGAACAUUUUCGCUAAGAACCACAAUUGGGCUUUUAACCCCAAUGCCAAUUUCGAUAUCGAUUUUGGCAGGAAAUUUGAUGAUUUUCUGCUGAAAAAUGCUGCCAAGUUAAAAGUCCUCUUUGACGAGGCAAGUAAUAAUAACAAUGGUGAUGGCACAAUUGAGAAUUACGAGGAAAAAUUUGCCGAGUUCAAAAAGCAGGUGUAUCAAGAACUAAAAGAGGAUGAGAUUGAGCAAAAAGUUGUUGACGAGUUGGCGGUUUUCCGGCUAUACAACAAGUGCUAUGUUACCAACAAUGAUCCCGUGCAAAAGAAAAGAACAGAGGCAUUCAUUGCCGAGCAAAGAGCAUUGAUUAACGGGGACCUGGAUUUGAAAAGUAGGGUUAGACUUUUUAAAGCAACCAUGCCUGAAAAAUUAGUGAUUAACGGCGACACUUUGCCCAACUUGGAUAACAGAAUCUAUCCUUGGCUAUCGUUUGAUCUUCCGCUUUAUGAGAGAUGGACCGGCGAAAUCUAUCACCAUGUUCCCAAUAUGAGAGAAAUACUUGGAGACAGGUUGCAGCCACCGGUCAUCAUUGAUCAGGCAAAAUACGAGUCGUCGCAAUCAACGGCCUUUUUCAAAAGGUUCAAGAGCGAGUGCAAUGGGAAGGGGAUCGUGAUGUCGUUUGCAGACAAGCAUGUCGAUUACGCGGCAAACUUGAUUCGCCUUUUGCGUGCGUUGAAAAACUCACUCCCCAUUCAAAUUGUCUACUUUGAUAACCUCAACGAUGACUCCAAGAGGAAAAUUGUCACAGCAGCUAGAGAAAAUUUCUCGUAUCUCCCUCAAUCGUUUGAAAAAGUGUCGCCGUACUUGCCCAAGGACUAUCUCGAUUCUACGCCAAAUGGCUUGCCCAAGCAAGAAAUCUGGUUUGUCAAUGCAGCCACUUCAAUCGAUAAACAUUAUAGGGGCAAGUUUAGCGGGUAUGCUAAUAAGCUAUUGGCGACGUUGUUUAACUCUUUCAACGAGUUUAUGUUGGUUGACGCUGACACUGCGCUUUUGCAUAGUCCCGAGUCCUUUUUCCAGUUGCAAGGGUACAAGGACACGGGCACUUUUUUCUUCAAGGACAGAGCUGUUCUUCAAAAGAGGGACCCCAACGAGAGCAAAUUGUUCAAGCGCGUAGCGCAGUCUUCUGUGGAUAAAAUCAUGUUUGACGUUGAUUUAAUGACCAACCAUACUUUUCACGGAGAUUUCUUUCAAGACCUUUAUCAUCAGAUGGAGUCCGGGGUUGUUUUAUUCAACAGACAACAGCAUUUCAACUCCAUCCUCAUGGUUGUACACCUCAACUUUUUAAGCAUAAUUAGAGCAAAAUCGUGGGGCGACAAGGAGUUGUACUGGCUUGGGCUUGCCUUUAAUGGCGACGAAAACUACCAUUUCAACAAGCAUGGCGCUGCCGCUAUAGGUGAGGUAACACUUCCAAGCGAUAGGAAGAGACCAGAUGGUACACUUCACCACUCUAAGGAACUUUGUUCGCCACAUCCCGGGCACAUCAGUGAAGAAGACAACCACACGUUGCUUUGGAUCAACUCUGGAUUCCGAUACUGCCAUCAAGCCGACAAGGUUGAUUACGAGAAGGAAAGCAGGAAAGGUCAUAAGCUCAAGUUUCUCGAUGGUACCGCUGCUGCGUUUAAGGAGUACUACUAUAACCCAUUGCGAAUCAAGAAUGCAAUUGUUCCACCAAGAGGCGAGGAGUUGACGUUUAUGUAUAAUGAAAGCGAUGAGCCUUUGCUCGGGUGGCUGUUGGAUCACGACUACUGCGAGCGGUACAUGUGGUGCGCUUACCUGAGCAUUGGCGGGCUUACUGACAAGAAUACUGCAAAGGAAAAUACCGUGGAAGGGACGCUUAUCACAUACUCGGAGAAGGAAAGGGCAUUUUUUGAUUACUAUGGUGACAUUUGGAUUGGCAUGGAGUAG